GCUCAGUCAGUACCACACAGCUGAGAAAGACUCUGCACUACAACACUACUAAAGCCUAGUGUUCGUUCUUCAAACAGAUCAGAAUAUGGAGACAUGAGGGACCUCUUUACAGGACUGCUUCUUCUGCUCUGACUGAGUUUGAGAGACCAGACUCAGCAACAAGGCUCAGCGGAGAGAGACAGCCCUCGUCCAGGAUCAGCAUAGAGACAGCCCUCGUCCAGGACCAGCAUAGAGACAGCCCUCGUCCAGGCUCAGCAUAGAGACAGCCCUCGUCCAGGCUCAGCAUAGAGACAGCCCUCGUCCAGGCUCAGCAUAGAGACAGCCCUCGUCCAGGAUCAGCAUAGAGACAGCCCUCGUCCAGGCUCAGCCGAGAGACAGCCCUCGUCCAGGCUCAGCCGAGAGACAGCACACGUCCAGGCUCAGCCGAGAGACAGCCCUCGUCCAGGCUCAGCAUAGAGACAGCCCUCGUCCAGGAUCAGCAUAGAGACAGCCCUCGUCCAGGCUCAGCCGAGAGACAGCCCUCGUCCAGGCUCAGCCGAGAGACAGCACACGUCCAGGCUCAGCCGAGAGACAGCCCUCGUCCAGGCUCAGCCGAGAGACAGCCCUCGUCCAGGAUCAGCAGAGAGACAGCCCUCGUCCAGGAUCAGCAGAGAGACAGCCCUCGUCCAGGAUCAGCAGAGAGAGACAGCCCUCGUCCAGGAUCAGCAGAGAGACAGCCCUCGUCCAGGAUCAGCAGAGAGAGACAGCCCUCGUCCAGGAUCAGCAGAGAGACAGCCCUCGUCCAGGAUCAGCAGAGAGACAGCCCUCGUCCAGGACCAGCAGAGAGAUCAGCCGAGAGACAGCCCUCGUCCAGGAUCAGCAUAGAGAGACAGCCCUCGUCCAGGAUCAGCCGAGAGACAGUCCUCAUCCAGGACCAGCAGAGAGACAGCCCUCAUCCAGGACCAGCAGAGAGAGACAGCCCUCAUCCAGGAUCAGCAUAGAGAGACAGCCCUCAUCCAGGACCAGCAGAGAGACAGCCCUCAUCCAGGACCAGCAGAGAGAGACAGCCCUCGUCCAGGAUCAGCAGAGAGAGACAGCCCUCGUCCAGGAUCAGCAGAGAGAGACAGCCCUCGUCCAGGAUCAGCAGAGAGAGACAGCCCUCGUCCAGGAUCAGCAUAGAGAGACAGCCCUCGUCCAGGAUCAGCAGAGAGAGACAGCCCUCGUCCAGGAUCAGCAUAGAGAGACAGCCCUCGUCCAGGAUCAGCAUAGAGAGACAGCCCUCGUCCAGGACUAGCAGAGAGAGACAGCCCUCAUCCAGGAUCAGCAGAGAGAGACAGCCCUCGUCCAGGACUAGCAGAGAGAGACAGCCCUCAUCCAGGAUCAGCAGAGAGAGACAGCCCUCGUCCAGGACUAGCAGAGAGAGACAGCCCUCAUCCAGGAUCAGCAGAGAGACAGUAAUUGAUUUUGACACCCCUGCGUUAAGAGGACCUGUGGAACCUCCCUAGUAGAAUCCUGAAUCACUGUGGAACCUCCCUAGUAGAAUCCUGAAUCACUGUGGAACCUCCCUAGUAGAAUCCUGAAUCACUGUGGAACCUCCCUAGUGGAAUCGUGAAUCACUGUGGAAUCUAGAACUAUCCUGCCUGGAAUCCUCCAUCUCUUCCCUGAACUGUUGAAUACGUUCUAGAACAGGUUCUAGAGUCAGAAUGGGUUCUACUGUUCCUGUUUCGUCCAUGGUGUUAGUGCUGGUGGUGUUCCACACCUUCACAAUGGGACAGUGUCAGAGCCAACCCAGCCUGACAGGAAAUCUCCAUGUCUCAGCCUUCCACAGUACAGACACCCCCCUGGGUCUACUACUGGACCCCCAAAACCCCUCCCAAAAACCCCAAGACAUCGCAUCUCUGAACCUCAUUACCCCCAUCUCAUCCACACCCUCUCCUGACUCUGACGGUGGACACCAACAUCUGAAACCCGGACCCCAUCACCUCACCUCCAACACGUCGUCCCGGGCAGUGCGUGUUCAGCCUGUAGUACCCCCUGUCUGCCACCAGGUGACCUUCAUAAAGACAGCUUUUAAAUACAUAAACACAGUGAUUAGCUGUGUGAUAUUCAUGGUGGGGAUGGUAGGAAACGCCACUCUACUGAGGAUUAUCUACCUGAAUAAGACGAUGAGGAACGGACCUAACGCCCUGAUCGCCAGCCUGGCCCUGGGAGAUCUGAUCUAUAUCACUAUAGAUAUACCCAUCAACGUUUAUAAGCUCCUGGCUGGCUCGUGGCCGUUCGAUGACAGCUCCAUUGGUCUGUUCCUCUGUAAACUGUUCCCCUUCCUGCAGAAAGCUUCUGUUGGCAUCACUGUACUCAACCUGUGUGCCCUGAGCGUGGACAGGUAUCGUGCGGUAGCGUCGUGGAGCAGGGUCCAGGGUGUCGGUGUUCCCCUGUUAACAGCAGUAGAGAUCAUCUCUAUUUGGCUGUUAUCCAUUCUGAUGGCUGUACCAGAGGCUAUAGGAUUCAACAUGGUCACCUUUGAAUACAGGAACGCGACCAUACGGACCUGCAUGCUCAACCCACAGACACCAUUCAUGACGUUCUACCGGGAUGCCAAAGACUGGUGGUUGUUUGGAUUCUAUUUCUGUGUUCCGUUGGCGUGUUCCGCAGUGUUCUACACUCUGAUGACAUGUGAGAUGUUACAUCACAGGAACGGAUCUCUCCGCAUCGCGCUCAGCGAACACCUCAAACAGCGUCGGGAGGUAGCCAAGGCAGUGUUCUGUCUGGUCCUGAUCUUCGCUCUGUGCUGGUUCCCUCUGCACCUCAGCAGGAUCCUGAAGAAGAUGGUUUACAUGCCUCAUGAUGCCCGACGCUGUGAACUGCUCAAUUUCCUGUUGGUCCUCGACUACUUCAGUAUUAACCUGGCCACAGUCAACUCCUGCAUCAACCCCAUCAUACUCUACUUCGUCAGCAAGAAGUUCAAAAACUGCUUCAAGUCAUGUCUGUGUUGUUGGUGUGACUCCAGUUCCCUGAUCGACAGUAUGGUACCUCAGAACCUCAAUGGAACCAGCCUGCAGAAUAAGAACCCAGAUCAACAGUGUGGUACCUCUGAACCUCAAUGGAACCAGCCUACAGAAUAAGAACCCAGAUCAACAGUGUGGUACCUCUGAACCUCAAUGGAACCAGCCUACAGAAUAAGAACCCAGAUCAACAGUGUGGUACCUCAGAACCUCAACGGAACCAGCCUAUAGAUUAAGAACUCAGAUCAACAGUAUGGUACCUCUGAACCUCAACGGAACCAGCCUACAGAUUAAGAACCCAGAUCAACAGUAUGGUACCUCUGAACCUCAAAGGAACCAGCCUACAGAUUAAGAACCCAGAUCAACAGUGUGGUACCUCAGAACCUCAAAGGAACCCAGCCUGCAGAUUAAGAACCCAGAUCAACAGUAUGGUACCUCUGAACCUCAACGGAACCAGCCUACAGAUUAAGAACCCAGAUCAACAGUGUGGUACCUCAGAACCUCAAAGGAACCAGCCUGCAGAACACAAACCCAGAUCAACAGAGUGUGGUACCUCAGAACCUCAACGGAACCAGCCUGAAGAAUAAGAACCCAGAUCAACAGAGUGGUACCUCAGAACCUCAAAGGAACCAGCCUGCAGAACACAAACCCAGAUCAACAGAGUGUGGUACCUCAGAACCUCAAAGGAACCAGCCUGAAGAAUAAGAACCCCAUAAUGACAAAGCAAAAACUGUUUUGUAGAAAAUGUUGCUAAUUUAAUACAAAUAAAUAACUGAAAUAUUCCAUUUACAAAAGUAUUCAGACCCUUUACUCAGUGCGUUGGAAGCGAUUACAGAAUCGAGUCUUCUUGGGUAUCACGCUACAAACUUGGCACACCUGUAUUUGGGGAGUUUCUCCCAUUCUUCUCUGCAGAUCCUCUCAAGCUCUGUGAGGUUGGAUGGGGAGCGUCGCUGCACAGCUAUUUUCAGGUCUCUACAGAGAUGUUCGAUCGAGUUCAAGGACAUUCAGAGACUUGUCCCGAAGCCACUCCUGCAUUGUCUUGGCUUAGGGUCGUGCUUAGGGUCGUGCUUAGGGUCGUGGUCCUGUUGGAAGGUGAACCUUUGCCCCAGUCUGAGGUCCUGAGUACUCAGGAGCAGGUUUCCAUUAAGCAUCUCUCUGUACUUUGCUCUGUUCAUCUUUCCCUCAAUCCUGACUAGUCUCCCAGUCCCUGCCGCUGAAAAACAUCCCCACAGCAUAAUGCUGCCACCACCAUGCUUCACCGUAGGGAUGGUGCCUGGUUUCCUCUAGACGUGACACUUGGAAUUCAGACCAAAUCUUGUUUCUCAUGAGUCCUUUAGGUUCAUUUUGGAAAGCGGGCUGUCAUGUGCCUUUUCCUGAGUAGUGUCUUCCAUCUAGCCCCUCUACCAUAAAGGCCUGAUUGGUGGAGCAUAGAUGGUUGUCCUUCUGGAAGGUUCUCCCAUCUCCACAGAAGAACUCUGGAGCUCUGUCAGAGUGACCAUCAGGUUAUUGGUCACCUCCCUGACCAAAGCCCUUCUCCCCUGACUGCUCAGUUUGGCUGGGCAGCCAGCUCUAGGAAGAGUCUUGGUGGUUCCAAACUUUUUACAUUUAAGAAUGAUGGAGGCCAUUGUGUUCUUGGUGAACUUCAAUACUGCAGAAAUGUUUAGGUACCCUUCCCCAGAUCUGUGCCUCGACACAAUCCUGUCUCUGAGCUCUACAGACAAUUCCUUUGACCUCAUGGCUUGGUUUUUGCUUUGACAUGCACUGUUAACUGUGGGAUCUUUUAUAUAUACAGGCGUGUGCCUUUCCAAAUCAUGUCUAAUCAAUAGAAUUUACCACAGGUGGACUCCAAUCAAGUUGUAGAAACAUCUCAAGGAUGAUCAAUGGAAACAGGAUCCACAGGAGCUCAAUUUCGAAUCUCAUAGCAAAGGGUCUGAAUAUUUAUGUAAAUAAGGUUUAUAAUAUUUAUGUACAUUUGCAAACAUUUCUAAAAACCUGCUUUUGCUUUGUUAUUAUGGAGUAUUGUGUGUAAAAAAUGAUUUAAACCAUUUUAGAAUAAGGUUGUAACGUAACAAAAUGUGGAAAAAGUCGAGGGGUCUUCAGAAUGCUCUAUACACACCAUGCAGUAUUUUGGGGACUAUAUACACCAUGCAGUAUUUUGGGGACUAUAUACACCAUGCAGUAUUUUGGGGACUAUAUACACCAUGCAGUAUUUUGGGGACUAUAUAUACACCAUGCAGUAUUUUGGGGACUAUAUAUACACCAUGCAGUAUUUUGGGGACUAUAUAUACACCAUGCAGUAUUUUGGGGACUAUACACACCAUGCAGUAUUUUGGGGACUAUAUAUACACCAUGCAGUAUUUUGGGGACUAUAUACACCAUGCAGUAUUUUGGGGACUAUAUACACCAUGCAGUAUUUUGGGGACUAUAUAUACACCAUGCAGUAUUUUGGGGACUAUAUAUACACCAUGCAGUAUUUUGGGGACUAUAUAUACACCAUGCAGUAUUUUGGGGACUAUACACACCAUGCAGUAUUUUGGGGACUAUAUAUACACCAUGCAGUAUUUUGGGGACUAUAUACACACCAUGCAGUAUUUUGGGGACUAUAUAUACCAUGCAGUAUUUUGGGGACUAUAUAUACACACCCUGCAGUAUUUUGGGGACUAUAUAUACCAUGCAGUAUUUUGGGGACUAUAUACACACCAUGCAGUAUUUUGGGGACUAUAUAUACUAUGCAGUAUUUUGGGGACUAUAUAUACACCAUGCAGUAUUUUGGGGACUAUAUAUACACCAUGCAGUAUUUUGGGGACUAUAUAUACACCAUGCAGUAUUUUGGGGACUAUAUACACACCAUGCAGUAUUUUGGGGACUAUAUAUACACCAUGUAGUAUUUUGGGGACUAUAUAUACACCAUGCAGUAUUUUGGGGACUAUAUAUACACCAUGCAGUAUUUUGGGGACUAUAUAUACCAUGCAGUAUUUUGGGGACUAUAUAUACACCAUGCAGUAUUUUGGGGACUAUAUAUACACCAUGCAGUAUUUGGGGGACUAUAUAUACACCAUGCAGUAUUUUGGGGACUAUAUAUACACCAUGCAGUAUUUUGGGGACUAUAUAUACACCAUGCAGUAUUUUGGGGACUAUAUAUACACCAUGCAGUAUUUUGGGGACUAUAUAUACACCAUGCAGUAUUUGGGGGACUAUAUAUAUGCCAUGCAGUAUUUUGGGGACUAUAUAUACACCAUGCAGUAUUUUGGGGACUAUAUAGACACCAUGCAGUAUUUGGGGGAAUAUAUAUACGCCACGUGGUAGUUUUCCAAACAAUUCAACACUUCACUGUUUGAACUCCAUAACUAUUGUAGGGGAGAUCAAUGAGGUUAGAGGUUACCAUGGAGAUUAAUGAUUGACAGCUUGCUGGCUGGACACCUAGCACAGGAAGUGGAAGAGCGUGUGUGUGUGUGUGUGUGUGUGUGUGUGUGUGUGUGUGUGUGCGUGUGGCUGUAAAGUGCUGGGCACAGUGUAACCUUAAUGAUGACUGUGCAUAAAGGAGAGUUUGACGAGACCCUGUACCGAGGGAUGGAGGAAGGAAGAGAGAGAGAGGGAGAGAGGGAGGGAGAGAAAAACAGGGAGGGAGAGAGGGUCAGAGGGUGAGUGAGAGAGACAGACAGACAGAGACAGACAGACAGGGAGGGAGGGAGGGCUCGAGCUGCGUUGGGGUGAAGGCUGUGGACUGAAGUUGCCCCUCCCCCCUAGUCCGGCUUCUCCUCCCAUAGUCGACACCCUGAGCAGGGUUGGGCCAGAAACACACACCACUAUAUCCAUGGUUGUAUAUACAUUUUAAAAGUAUUUAAGGGAGUGUACUAUACAGUAACUAUUGUGUUAUAAACUUUUGUUUUUAUAUUUAAGAAUUGAGAAAUAUUUAUCUUUUGUUGUUGGUGGUGUCUUUCUAUCGUGAGAAAAAUAAAGAUAUAUUUUCUAACUUUCAAGAAGAGUUACGGUACUCUA